UCUCUACCUCAGCUUUUCUGCUGGAUUUGCUUCCCCGACCGACCCUCGUCCUGUGGUCCCUCGAGGCUAGAUCACACACGAAACAGGCUGUCUCCAUAGGUGACGCCGGAGCGCAAGGGAGUGGAUAUCAUGGCUGCCAACGACUACUACAACAACUCGUCGCGUCCCUACAAUGCCUACGAGCCCUCUAUAGCCUCCACGCAACCGCCCUCCUACACCUCCCAGCCGCCCCAUCAAGACCGCCCGCUUCCCACCGUGUCGCCCUUCGAGACUGUCUUCGAUGAUCACGUCUACCCGCAACCCCAACGAACGCCCGAUCCGAUGAAUGCCAACCAACAGUCUUUCGCCUACGACACGAGGUAUCACGGCUCUGGGCCCGGCGACGUCUCUCCCGUCGGCACCGAUGACAUCCCCAUGCGGAACCAGGGUAGCAAGCCGCUCGGCUACGCUUCUGGCUCCAAUGACCAUGUCUACGACGCCCCGAUCGAGCAGGGCCACCAGCGAGGCACCUCGAGGGGCGGCGUCAUACGCUUUGGAGAGAUGGGCAUGUUCGGAUCGGAGAAGAGGAGGAUACCGAUCAUGGUCUACAUAUUUUCCGUCGUGCAAAUCGCCGUCUUUAUUGCCGAGAUGGUGAAGGCCGCUCAAUUGACUGGCAGCCCGAUCCAGACGCAACCUUCGUUCAACCCGAUGAUAGGCCCCUCGCAGCAAGUCCUCAUCAACAUGGGUUCGCGGUUCACUCCUUGCAUGAAGAACGUCGAUGGCGUCCAGAACUACCGUGCUCCCGCCGGCGCGGUUGAACCGGGCUUCGGAUGGCCAUGCCCGAAUACGACCUCGCUCGAUCCCAACAACGAUUCGAAUAAGUGUUCCCUGGCCGAGCUCUGUGGCUUCGACCCCGUCCAGAAUCCCGAGUGGGACCCCGAGAAUGGGCUCAACCAGUCUCCCGCGCCGAAUCAGUGGUUCCGCUUCAUUGUUCCCAUAUUUAUGCAUGCCGGCCUCAUCCACAUCGGGUUCAACCUCCUCCUUCAGCUCACCAUGGGCAAGGAGAUCGAGAGGGCGAUCGGGUCUAUCCGCUUUUUCAUCGUCUACAUGGCGGCCGGUAUUUUCGGUUUCGUCAUGAGCGGGAACUACGCCGCCGCGGGAAUAUCGUCUACGGGCGCUUCGGGGUCGCUGUUCGGUAUCAUUGCCAUAACCCUGCUAGACCUUCUCUACUCUUGGGGCGAUAGGCGCAAUCCUGGCAGGGAGCUGAUAUUCAUCAUAAUCGAGAUUCUCAUAUCCUUCGCGCUCGGGCUCCUCCCCGGCCUCGACAACUUUUCCCACAUUGGCGGAUUUAUCGUCGGGUUAUGCUUAGGUGUCAGCGUCCUCCACUCGCCAAAUUUUCUCCGCCGCAGGAUCGGCGAGGAUCACUUUGGCGGACCUUCGUACUCGAGCGUUGGCGGGGGCGUUACAAGCGUUGCGUUUCCCGCAUUCUACCGAAACCCGGUGGGCUUCUUCAAGGGCCGGAGGCCACUGUGGUGGGUCUGGUGGCUCGUCCGGGCUGGAUUUCUGAUCCUCGUCAUCGUUGUUCUCAUCGUUCUGCUGGAAAAUUUUUACAAGAACCAAAACAACUGCACUUGGUGCAAAUAUCUCAGUUGUCUGCCCAUCAAUAACUGGUGCGAUAUUGGGAACCUGACCAUCUCGACGGCGACGCCCUCUUCCACCCCAAACAGACAGCGGAGCAUCGAACUACUUUCUCUUGAGCAGGUCGCUAGGCUAUUGGCGUAACAUAUGAAGUUUCCGUAAUACGAAUUAUUCUUUUGCACUCUGGUAGCAAACAGAC